AACCGAAGACAACCGGCAAAAAUAAUUUUGCUUUGUUGAAUUAGAAACUUUAAUCAUGCAAAUAGGCGUGUAUCUCCAUUAUUAACGAGACACCAUCAUAAUCUUACCAAACUGCUAACACUGGAAUGUUUACAAAGGGCUUGAAAUACUCAAGCAACUUCAUUCCUACUAGAAGCUUAUAACAUUACUGAUAACCAAAUUACUCGGAAGCCUGCAAAUGGCUGGGAAGCCAUUUAUCGUAAUUUAUUUCCUGAUUGUUUUGCUUGCUGGCAUUUUUACAUAUCCGGUGGAGCGGUUUAAAUUCUCACCGGCAGAUAUCAUCGACUUGACGUACCCUUUCAACGCACAAACCGUAUCCUUUUUCCAGCAGAGCGAUUUCCAGUUAACUAUUGACGAGAAAAUAGGGAAAACAGGAGAUGUUGUUAUGCGCCAAGGACAUUUUCAGGCUCACGAACAUGUCGGCACACAUCUGGAUAGUCCUGCUCAUUUCAGCCGCAACGGAAGCGACAUGGCGGAUCUCUCCACGGACCAAUUGAUUGGCCCAGCGGUGGUCAUCAACGUCACUGCCCAAGUGCGCGCCAAUCCCGAUUACGGCGUCAGCGUGGCGGAUAUCAACCAGUUUGAGGCCACCUAUGGCCGCAUCCCCGCCGGUGCCUUCGUGUGCAUGUAUUCAGAAUGGGGACAACGUUGGCCGGAUCGACAGCGGAUGUACAGUGCCGACAAUAACGAACCCUACCGCAGUUUUCGCGGUCUCCACUUUCCAGGAUUUGAGCCAGCAGCAACACGCUUCCUGAUUAUGGAGCGGCAGAUCCGCGGGAUCAUUGUCGAUAGCCCUUCGCUUGACCCCGCCCCCGAAGCUACGCGUCAACCGGUGUCCAGCAGCUGGGGUACACAUGUCUUGAUCGCCGGUCAUGGCAAAAUAGGCAUCGAGUACGCGGCCCAUUUGGAUGAAAUGCCGCCCGUGGGCGGAAAAAGUGAUACUUGCGCCUAUGAAGAACAGGGACGGAUCGGGUGCACCGGUACGGAUUUUUGGGAUUCGCCCGGCUCGCGCUGGUUAGGGUAUUUAAUAUUUAUAUACGAGAACUCUGACUCUGCCCAACUGAAACGGCAGUAAUUACCGAUUUUUUGUUAAAUACAUUGUGCGUUUUUAGGGUAUACACAACAGAUUUUGCCUGCAAUUUAAUAAUCCAUAACGAUUAAAUAUGGCAUACAAAAUCAACAACCACGCAUGCGGUACUUUGGCAGUGACGUACAAGUGGCUCUAAAUCUUUCAACAGAAA